CCCAAAGGAUAACGAAGUGUUGAACGAACAAGAGGUGAUACACAAAGAAAAUUCGAUACAAAAUAAACGAAUAUCAAUUUAAAUCAAUUCUGUCACGAUGAAUUUGAGUAAAAUUUCACAAGCCGAAUUGAAUUUAAGUGUUGUGGCCGAUAAAAUUGUGACAAAUGCUGGAUUAGUAUCGUAUCAUUUAUUUUGUCCAUUCUGUGCUGAUUUCUAUUUAUUUGAAUUCACAUUAAAAGAUCAUUUGAAACGUGAACAUUCGUCAUUGAUUCAAAAGCAUUUUAAAAAUGUGUGCACCAGUGAUAGUCAAAUGAAUUCAUCAAAUUGUGAUGAAUCGUUGCGCAUUCGAUUUCUCAAUGAGUUCAAUCAUGUAUGUGAUUUGUGUGGGGCAAUGUUUAUGCGAGACGGUUUGAUAUCCAAACAUAUCAUCAACUAUCAUGGUUCGAAUUGUUAUGCCGUAUGGAGAACGCAACAGCCAAAAUCUGGCAAAAAAAUGAGUUCGAGCAUUGAAAAUAUUUGUAAAAAGGAUGGAAACGAUUCAAAAGAGAUGUAUGCCAAAUAUUCGCCUGGUUUAAGUGAAAUGUUUGAAGGAAUUUCAACGCGUGACUAUGACGAUUUUACCAUUGAUCGAACACCACUCAAGAGUAUACUAAAAAAAUCGGCAUCAAAAUCAGCACGCAUCAUUAGUUCACCGUCAUCGUCCAGCAUUCGUCGCAUUAAAAACAGUACGUCGGCGAAGCGUUCAACAUCAGCACGUCGUGUAUUACGCUUUGAUAUCGCAAACACAUCGCCAAUCGACUUGGAGAAUGUUCCAUUCGGUAAUAUUACGGACCACACAAAAACAUCGAAAAAAUCCGUUGGCCAAUUUGUUCGUCGCAUUUUAUUUGGACAGUGUGCUGGCGUUUCAAAGACAAAAAAAUCAUCGAAUCGUUACACCGUUACCUGUACGCCAGCCAAUCUUUUGGAAGAUGCAUUUUAAAAUGCACGAUUCCGGUUUUUUUUUGAAUCAAACAAAAUUACCGAUGGUUCUAUCUAAUAUUUAUUCAUUACAUUCAUUUAUGUAGUCAGGUAGUUUGACAAAUGACAAUUUUCACAUACCGUCUCCAUUAAUACAUACAUACAUCGAUUUCGGUAAACAACUUCAUAC